UAUGUCGCCAAAGAAUAUUUUAAUUCUCUGUUGUAUAGGAGUAGCAAUGAAUAUGGCUUGGGGAUACGGUAUACAAGAUCUGCUGAAGAUGAUACCCUUCGAACGAACUGCAGAGUGCCAACAUACGAAGGCACUAUUAACACUGUGGAAUGUAAGCCACAAAAGGAUGGCUUUGCAAACACUUUAUGAGUAUAUAGUUGCACACAUCAAUACCCCUAGAAGGCUAUGCUGCAUGAAAGGAUUUCCUUCUGACAAUUUGGAAGCUUUUGUUGGUGGAAUGAGAUGGAUUCCAAAUAUUGGAAGAAUGAUAAAGCGUGUAGACUUCAGUUGUCAACAAUACAAGGAAUACCUCGCUUCCGUGAUGGAAAGUACAAUGGGAGUGCGUCGCAUGCCACACCUUGAUCAUGCAGCUACUCAAAGCCAUCUACCCUCUGGUAACAGAUCAACUGCAGAGUCAACAACGGCGGCAUCAAAAACAACAGCACAAGCUUUAACCACAACCCAGCACAUCAUACAAAAUACAACACCUACAGGUGUCCGUUGCCCUACCUGCGAUAAUAAUCUUAACUGCGUCUGGUCUAACACUUGCAAGAUGACAGAGAGCUGCUUAGUGCGACAGAUAUCAGGAUACCCAUUUUCAACUCACUGUGCUGAUGCAAGAGUGUGA